UCGCCGUACAGGGCGCAAAUUUAGCUGUCAUUUCAAUCAGCUGUGUGCUGAGAUCCGGAGGGGAGUCUGUUCUGAACCGCCCUGCAAAAUAAUACAGACAUGGCCCACCUUCUGAUCCACCACUUACACUUCAUGCUGACUGUGUACAUGCUGGCCUGUCCUGCAGUCAGCGGGCUGUUUGAGUGGUUGAGACACAUGCAAGCACCUGCAGCAUCGACUCCUUCACCUGAACCAGUCGCCCCCGCAAAUCUUGCAAAGGAUGCUCAGUUUGAGAUGGCGACAUCAGAUGAGAAGUUUCUGGCUGAGGCAAAGCAGCUGGAGCUCAGCCCGUUAGACAGCUGUCAUUACAGGGUAAUUGCUCAGUUGAAGUCAAGCUGUGAAAACCUCUCAGAGGAAAAUCUUGCAAAGCUUGGAGUGGUGCUAUUUAACUGCCAGGCAGAGAUUGAGGGGCGUCGGACCUUCCCAUGUACAGAGGAAAUGACCAUCAAAGAGUGCACAUCAGACAUGGAUUCAGACACAUGGAAUGCUUACCACAUAGUAAGCAACAGAGCGCGCUCCGUUUGCUAUGCAACUCGCCAGCAGCUGUUUCGGCGCCGAGCAGAGCACACAGUCAAUGCCCUCAUCUCCACAGCCACCAGCCAGCUGGAUGCAAUGAAAGACCUGAAGGAGGGCCAGAUGGAGUUAAAGGAGCUGACUGCUGCUUCGCUAGACAAGCUGCUGGAGGGACACAGCACCCUCCAGGUUCAGCAGGGGAAACUGCAUGAAGGCCAAGAGCAAAUGGAGAGCUCACUUCGGGAGAAUCUGGAGCGUCUGGGUCAGGAAAAAGCCCUCAUCGCCUCUGGACAGGAACUGGUUGCCCAGCUCAUCCAGGGCAUUACCAGGAGAAUGGAAAAUGUGAGUGAACGUCUGCAGAUCCAAAGCUCAGAGGUACAGGACGGCCACAAGACGAUUGUUGAGGAUCUCGCAGAUGUCAGACACCAAGCUAACGAUAUCCACAAAAAAAUUGACCACAGCAUGUCGGAGUUUCUCCUGUACCAGGACCAGACCUCGCAGUACUACACUGACCUAAUGAACAAGCUGGAGCACAUGAACAGCACGCUGGGAGCAAUGCUGCAGUACCUGGACAACAUGCAGGGCCGGAUAGAGGAGAGGCUCCACAUGAUCCAGGGCUACCUUGGCUGGGCAGGUUUGAGUCUGACAGCCAUGUGGACGUGCAUCGCCCACACAGGCUACUUUGUGUUGUGUGCAGUCCUGCUGACGUUCCUACGCUGUCCGGGUUUCUCUCGGGCCAUGCUUCUGCUCAUGGUUCCCCUGAACGCGUUGGCUGAGGUCAACCAGCAGCCAGCACUGGAUCUCAGCAGCCUCAGCCUGCUGCUGCUCACUUUGUCUCUGGGUCACUGGUUUGUGAAUCGGUUGUGGGCGUGCCUGCAGGUCAGAGGAAAGCAGAAUGCGCCGCUGCCUCUCGCACCAUGCAGCAUCGUGGAUCCACAGAAGGAGUCGGUGUUUGCAAGCCACUCAUAUCCACCAUCUUCUACGCCAGAGAGAAAUGAGGACAUCAUGAAGCAGGACCUGCUAAGCCAGGACGACUUUUUAUCAGGUAACCUCUGCAUAUCAGCAGUAUCUCCUUCUCGCAGGACACCAGUGCUGGAGUCCAGGUUUAUGCCGACACCUGGUGCACUGAAUCACUCAACUUCCAGACUAUUUCCACAGCCAGUUUUUUCAAAGGAUUUGAUUGAUGACAUCCCCCCGAAGAACCUGGGACAUGUUUUUGAUGCAGUGAAUGACUCUCAUGAUUUUGGAAACGACUCUAGAAGUGCGAGUCCCACCCUGUCGCUGGUCAGCACCAGCUCCCUGUCAGGCCGUCAGCUGUGCAACGGGAUCACAAAAACAGGGAAAGCCUGCAAGAAAAGAGCCGUCCCAGGACAGGAGUACUGCAGAGUCCAUGAAGGGGGGCUCACCUCAUAUGUUCAGUCCUGAAGUUCUCAACUUCUGAAGUUUUAGUAUAAAUCUCUGCAAAACAUGAAAUGUUCUUUGUACACUGAAUUUGCAGGAUUUGCUAAACAAACAUGUCUGUAGAUAUUUUUAAGUGUUUUUCAUAUUUUAUGUUUAUUUUUAAAUAAAUAGUUUUUCUCUCUUUGGA